AUGGAAGGGUCGCCACGACUGGAGGCCAUGCGCCCUCCUCAGUCCGACUGCGAACCCAAUAAACUCAACUCUGAUGUAUCUUCGGAACGGGUGGGAAAGGAAGACGUCAUGGUCACUUUGUCUGUCUCUCCCGAACCGCCGGCACCAUCCCGGACCCGAUCCCCUUUACCCCGAUCGCAUCUCCGCUCGCGAUCACUGGUGGGAAUCCCCGGCAUGCCAUCCAUGACGCGCGCAUACUCUUCCCCAGGGCUGGACUCUCGGGGAAGAUAUAUCUUUGUCAACAGCCGCGGGAUGCCUGCCUCACCAGCCGAUGCAAAGCGAGUGCCCUUGCAGAUGCGCAUGGACGAUCACAUCGAGACCCGUCUGGGGUCGCUUAACAUUUCCGAGACGAUCUCUGAGAACGCCGAACUGGAGACGGCGCCCAAGUCGCCCUCCUCGCAGUCAGGCACGUCUCCCGUCUUGAUGCCGCAGGCAUUCCCCCGCAUCGGUCGCAUGCGCUCAACUUCCCCCCUUCAUUUGCAACCCCCGAUUAGCAGCCCGCCCUCCAUGCAUACCUCCCCCACUCUGAACGGAAAAUACAACGAAUCAUAUCCCGGCGUCUCCGCUUCCUCCUCUUCGUCCGUUCCGUCAACCCCGACCAGUCUUCGAUCCCGCAGUCCUAGCAUUUCCUCUCUGGAAACCAUUCCCGACAUUCCUGACGCGGAGGCGGAGGCCAUUGAAGAUGAUCGGAUCGCUGAGUUAAAGGCCGCGGCCGAUGCAGCUGAUGCAGCAAGCAACAACAAUCGACGACGCGGUACAUCCGACACAUCUAGUUCCAACUCUCUCAAUGCCAUGCGCGGUGGUCGCAAGCGAUGGAGUGUCUGUGGCGCAGAGCGCCGUCAGGAUCUCGACCUGGAGACUAUCUGGGAGGACUAA